ACCGCCGCCCUCUACGGAUCACGGGCUGCUCACUGUUUAUCGCGCGUCACGUUGCUGUGUGCGUGCGUCAGACGCUGCCGCCUGGACGCGCCUAUCAUCCCGACUCCUCCCCGUAGACAGCGCGUCCUGUCGCCUCUCCAGCGCAAUGGUCUCCUGGAUCAUCUCUAGACUUGUGGUUCUUGUGUUUGGGACGUUAUAUCCUGCAUACUCAUCGUAUAAAGCUGUGAAGUCAAAAGAUGUGAAAGAAUAUGUGAAAUGGAUGAUGUACUGGAUAAUAUUUGCUCUAUUUACAUCUGUGGAAGUAUUUUCAGAUCUGUUUCUUUGUUGGCUUCCUUUCUACUAUGAAGUGAAGAUCGCCUUUGUGGUGUGGCUGCUGUCCCCUUACACUAAAGGCUCCAGUGUUCUAUACAGGAAGUUUGUUCAUCCCACGCUUUCCUCAAAAGAAAAGGACAUUGAUGACUACAUCUGCCAAGCCAAGGACAAAAGCUAUGACACACUGGUGCAUUAUGGGAGAAAGGGGCUGAAUGUUGCAGCCACAGCUGCUGUCAUGGCUGCAGCAAAGGGUCAAGGAGUUCUGUCAGACAGAUUGAGGAGUUUCAGCAUGCAGGAUCUGUCUUCCUAUGAGUCUGAGCCCAUUAACACCAGGCCUGGCAGUACAGAGCCUGCAACAUCACAGCAGCGGACCAGAGCUAUGAUGCGCAGCAAGUCAGAGAGCUACAAUAAGGCCUCCUCAUAGAGUCUCAAGGCCUCUCACAAGAUCCAGGAGAGCUCUUUCUUCAACCAAUGAAGCCAUGUGAAACUUUCUUCAAGACUACUCCAGCUGCCUUUGCUGCAAGAAGUAAAAAAGCUGAAUGGCCAAAAGCUACAUGACUGAAGCAGCAUUGCUUUGGAACAAGGUAUUACCAAAGUGACCUAUGAUAAUCCCUCUUUAUAAUUUAUCUCAUGGUUUCAUAAAUGAGGUUUGUGACACUGAGUUAGGAAAAAUGAGUGAGUGGGCUCCGUGCUGAUAACUUUGAGUUUUUGGCUUAUUGAAUAUGUAUUUAUGUACAGUUUAUGUGUACUUUAUCUUUCUGGUUAGAUUGUUUUUAUAUAUCGGGUUUGGGUAGGCAAUUGCAUGUGUGUCUUCCCUGACACUGUAAACAGAAUGUACUAUCAGUGAAUACAACAGCUGGCGCUGACAGUGAUGUUAAUCACCGUUUCAGAAUGUGUUACAAGCCAAGGAUCAAAAGAGAAGGCAAGGCUGUUUUCAAUCUUUGUCUGUUCUGGAGAAACAUCUGUGAAUAGCUGAAUUCUCCAUAAAAUAACUCCAUAAAUAACCCCACCAUAUAGUAGCGAAAAGUCAGACAGCAGUGAGAGACAAUAUUCUGUUUACCUCCUUAUUAAAGCCUUAAAGAAAGAUAUAGCAGAGAAAAAUAGAAAAUGUCUAUACACAUCAAUACAUGUUGACAUAAUUAUGUUCUCAUUAAACAAUCAUCUUGCACUAUGUUAAAAAUAUAAAUUACCACCCUCAGUACUCUUGAGAGUGAUAACAGAUGAAAGUCAUGACUACAAGAGAUUUUCCCAGUGGAGCAGACUGUUUUUGACAAUCUGCUGUUCAGCGUCUAAGCACAUCUCGUUUUUCAUUUGAUAAUUUAUUUGGCAAUUAGGAAAGAGUCACUUUUGGCUGUAGCAGAAAUACAACAUGAAAGAAGCAAUUAUUUACUGUAUAUAUAGACAUGGGUGUUUCUCCAUGUUUAAAAUCACUGUGUAAUAAUCUGCUGUUGACUGAGCGACACUAAACCUGUUCUUACCUUCUACUUACUUCUGUUUUCUUAGGAAUUCGUGAGAGCUAGGUUAGGGAGUUUGCAGGUUUAAAAACUUACAUUUAGACAUUGCAUUGUGAUGCAUUUUGUUUUCAUAUUGUACUUUACUGAGCCUGAACCUUAGCAACAUUUUAUACAAGGUAUCACUGUGUAUGUUGUUGAUGGUGGGAUUUACGCAGUAGAGUUAUAAUUUUCUGCAUCGUAUCAUUUAUGGUGGUUUGGCAUUUGAAACUAAAGCUUCUCAGGUACAACUGUUCUGUUUACACUUCAUUCACUCUGACAUUAUAGGUACACUUAUUAUGCACAUGAAAUGUUUUUUUUUGAUGGAUACAUGAUGAAAAAAAUGAAACAGGAAAAAUAUGAUUAUGUGUUUGAGCAUUAACAGUACCCGUGAACAUGUUGGAGGUGAUUUUCUUGUACUGAAUUAACGCAAAGUAAAAUAGAAAAAAAAAGAUGUGUUGCUAAGUAGCAGUUUUGUACAGUUGAGCAUUGACUGAGGAACUUGUCAUUGCAUGAUGUUUAUUAGUUUGUAAAAAUUGAUUUCUUAAGUGGUGUUGUGUGAAGCUGUUGGUCUCAUUGGAUGGCUUACUGGUAAACAAUCAAUUAUUUUUUGUCACUUUCGAUUGCUUUACAGAAAGAACAUGACAUGUUAGGGCCAUCAGCUGGUGACACGCGCGCACACACAAUCACCUUAUUUACUGGUAAAUUUGUCACUUUCACUUUAUUUGUGGGGACACUCUAAAUUAUUCUAAGAAAUUUAGUUCUGGCAGGCCAGAAUGUCAGAUUACUUAAUUAAUUUUAACUUGAUUGUGAAUAAAAGCAGUGAUGUAAUUACA